CAUAUCAUGAUCUGAUCACCAUGCUCAAUAUAUCCCAUAUGCAUGGGGGUAUUGGGAUAACGAUACAAAAGGUUUGCUAGGGCAGGUCCUCUCUCACUUAGACUCAGCCCCCCGAAACAAAUCCCACCCCUGGAAUCAAAAUCCUGGCUAGGGGCCUGGAAGCAAUCCAAAAUCCCAUUGGCUUUUAUAGCCGCCGCAUGGAAAUUAUCGCUUGUCAUAGAUGUGGGCGAAACGUCAGGAGAGAAUGCUUCUGGAACAUGGCCAUGGAGCCCGGAAAACAUACAACAGCCUCUCAGGGAUUCUGGGUGACAGAGGGAGACUCCGCAGCCUCAAGGUCACGCUCUCAGAGAAAGAGGAACUGAGGCGACGUCUUUCGCUCCCAACAGCCUGAGCGCUUUGCCGCGCUUUGCCACGCUUUGCUGCCCCUAUCCUACCCCAUUCCCUUUGCUUGCUUGCUUCCUCCCUCCCACGGAGCAUGCGCGCAACUGCGCUCUCCCUCUCUCCCGCUGUCACUCGGCGUCCGUCCGCCUCCGCCAGAGCAUCCCCGCAGGCGCGAAGCAAGCCACCAGCCGGGCGAAGGCGCGAAGCCACCCGCCUCAGACUGCGGGGCCCACGGCAUGACGGCGGCGGCGAAGGCGGAGAAGGCGGCGGCUCCUCCUCGCUCCUAACCGUAACAAUAAUGCGAGUCGCGGACCCGAGAGGCCCCGAGUCGCUGCCUCCGCCAUGUCCCCCCCGGCCUCGGCGGCCGCCCUGGCCAGCAGCAGCAGCGAGAGAGGCAGCAGCACCUCGGUGCCUCAGGAGGAGGAGGCGGAGGCGGCGGAGGGCGCCCGCGAGGAGCAGCGACCAGUAAAGCAGUCUCUGAGCAAGUCACUCUGUAGGGAGUCACACUGGAAGUGCCUGGUUCUCUCCCUCCUCAUGUAUGGCUGUAUGGGAGCCAUGACUUGGUGCCAUGUGACUAAGGUGACGCGGCUGACUUUCGAUAGCGCCUACAAGGGAAAAUCCAUGAUGUAUCAUGAUAGUCCAUGCUCUAAUGGUUAUAUCUACAUCCCUUUGGCUUUUCUUGUGAUGCUGUAUGUUGUUUACCUGGUGGAGUGCUGGCAUUGCUAUACCCGCAAUGAACUCCAGUACAAAGUAGAUGUGGAGAGCGUACACGAACGUGUCCAGAGGAUGCAGCAGGCCACACCAUGCAUCUGGUGGAAAGCCAUCAGCUACCAUUAUGUCAGGAGGACUCGCCAGGUCACUCGCUAUCGCAAUGGGGAUGCUUAUACCACCACCCAAGUAUACCAUGAGAGGGUCAACACUCAUGUGGCAGAAGCAGAGUUUGACUACUCUAACUGUGGGGUGAAGGACAUAUCAAAGGACUUGAUUGACCUGGAAAAUUUCCCGGCCACUCGUCUUCGCUUCACCAAGUGCUUCAGUUUUGCCAAUGUGGAGUCUGAGAAUUCCUAUUUAACUCAGAGGGCACGUUUUUUCACAGAAAAUGAGGGACUGGAUGACUACAUGGAGGCAAGGGAAGGCAUGCACCUCAAGAAUGUAGACUUUAAAGAGUAUAUGGUGGCCUUCUCAGACCCAGACAACCUUCCUUGGUAUGUUUCCCACUAUGUCUUCUGGGUUGCUGCUCUGUUAACUUUGUCCUGGCCCUUGCGAGUUCUGAAUGAAUACCGCACUUCUUUUGUCCACUACCAUGUAGAGAAACUCUUUGGAUUUGAUUAUGUGGCAGUAACUCCAGCUGAAGAACGCCCUUUCUGCCGGAGGAUGCCGAGGGUCAACACUGUGGAUAGUACUGAGCUAGAGUGGCAUAUCCGAUCCAACCAGCAGCUGGUGCCCAGCUACUCAGAGGCUGUCCUCAUGGACUUGGUGGGGUUGUCUAGUUGCACUACUUAUUCUUCGUGCCGCUAUGGAAGCUACAGACAAAACUGUGAGCAGUGUCAUAGGACUAUAAGCAGCUCAUCCAUCUUCUCCCGAAGCGCCCUCAGUAUUUGCAAUGGCAGUCCCAGGAUCCCCUUUAGCAGCAGCCGUUUCUCACUUGGGCGCCUCUAUGGCUCACGGCGCAGCUGCCUUUGGCAGAGCAGGAGUGGGAGCCUAAAUGAACAGAGCUGCCCGACUGAACAGACCCGCCUGUCCAGCCAAGUCACUGUGGAGGAGGAAGAUCCCCCUCCUUACCAGGAUGCUCUCUAUUUCCCCAUCCUCAUUGUGCAUCGAAAUGAGGGUUGCCUCAACCAUGAUCACCGUCAUCUCCAUCGGAAUGGGUCCUGUGUGGAGACCUCACUGUGAUUGUAUGAGAACUACCCACAAGAAAUGCCCUGUAACCGGAGGUGGUUGUGGGACAGAUAGGGUAUAGCACAGGAACAGAGGUCCCAACUGUCAGUUAUGUCAGACAAGAUUGUUCCUCCUCAUGAUCUUAUGGAGGACUCAAGAGCUCCUGAGUCCCGUUUUGGCUCUGUAAGCCUGUAAUGGCUUUGUUCCAAGGUAGGCAGCUUGCAGGAACCACAGCACAGAAUUUCAGAUGGAUAACCAUAUACAAAAAAUUCUAAUUAAAUUAUUUUAAAAAGUAGAAAGGAGAACCAGUGACAGUGAGAGUACUGGAGUUGUUUCUUUCCAACUCUGUCUCCAACUAGCCAAACCACCUAUCAGGAACUGCCUUUGUGGGCUGCUAUUCCAGCUUAGUACAGCAGAUGAAUCCAUUGGCAGUAUGGCAUGUUUCCUUCUCAAGUCAAAUACUAGUGCUGUUUUUCCAGCCAGAAGGAGCUGAAAAGUAGUUGAGAAGCAGCUACAAGUCAGGCCUUUUUCCUUUUUUUCAAGACCAUGCUCCGACUGUUACACUGUUCUUAGCUGCUGAGGACAUAAGAUCUUAGGACAUUUUCUUGGAAAGCCUUGAUGUUUCACAUCUGAGAAUCAACAUCUCAUAGCUAAAGCUUAAAGCAUUCAGCCCACCUUCCUUUCUUUUUUUGUGGCAGCAAAAAAGCAAGAGUGAACAGGGAACUUCCAAAGGAUAUCCCAAACGUUAAUACAGUCUUGAAUCCAAGUCCAGGAGAAAGCCCAGUGUACAAAGUAAGCCAAAGAAUUUGCCAUGUGUGUGUCCAGUGUGUGCUGCUGGCAUUGCGUUGGGUAUCAUGAGGAAAUAGGCAUCAGUGGUGAACUUGGGAUAUAUGAAGUGAGUGAAACCUAGCCACAAUGGAGAUGGGGAAAAGUCUCAUGGGAGGUUCUGAGUGGUACAGCUGAAGUUUAUCUAUUAAUAAUACAGGAAUACAUUGGUGUGAAGGCACAGUGUUCGCGUGUGACUAGGGUGAAGCUGUCUUGCUUGUUGGGAUAUGAAAUAAUGCAUUUCAUUCUAAGAAAUGAAAUAUAAGUUAGAAGCAGUAAAGGGUGUGUGUGAAAGAGAAAUUAUAGAGGGAGAUGUCUUAAUCCUGUAUUUUCUAGGUAAAAGAAAGUGUGCAAACAGCUAUAGAAAUAAAAUUUAAUUAGUAAUGUUUCUUGGGACAAAUUAUGAUAAAGCAGGUUUGUAGAUGAGGAUGUCUACAUCUGGUCCUACUAGCUAAAAUUUACAAAAGCAGAAACCGGGGAGUAUCCAGUGGAAUCCUGCAAACAGGAAUUCAUAGUUUGGAUGCUCUAAACUGUGUUCAUACAGUCUUGUUAAUUUGUUUUCCAAAUUACGCUGCCAUAGGCUGCCACAGAAUACCAGUGUCUCGUGCCAUUCUAGUAUUCUGGUUUAACAUAGACUUUGCUAAUUCCCAAGACAGGAAUAUACAAACCUCUGGUUUCCCUUUGAUAGGCCUCAGAGUUAUAAUUUUAAACCAGGAAUUAUCAAGGUAUUGCUUGCAGGCCACACACAGGCCCCAUCUACAUUGCCAUAUAAUCCAGUUCCUGAAUCCAGAUUAUCUGCUUUGAACUGCAUUAUAUGGCAGUGUAGUCUCAUAUAAUUCAGUUCAAAGCAAAUAAUCUAGAUUCCGAAACUGGAUUAUAAAACAGCUUAGAUCGAGCCACCAUCCUCAAGCACACGUUUUCCUCCCCUGGUCCCAAAUCUUUCCCACACAGUCAUUUUCCACUAUUGGAAUAAUCUAAGAGCAGUCGUUUGCAUUAAAAUGAGCUAUAAUGCGCCUGCACCUUAUUUUAAUGCAGUUCUCCACCCGGCUGGUGUUUUGAGGCCACUGCACUCUGAAAUAUUCCUUGAAAUAGAAAGUUGGCCACCAGGUUCCCUAGAAUUUGUCCACUGCCUUAGAUGCACUAUGCAACAUUUUAUGCUUAAUCAAACUGAAACCUAUAUCAAGAAAGAAGUGGGUAGAUUAAGAGCAAACAAGUGGCACAGCAAACAAAAUGAAAAGGCUGUUAGGCUAAAGUUUAAUUAGAUACAGUACACUAGGAUGCAAGAUUGCUUUCCAUUGAGCUAGCCUUUGAAAAUGUAGGAGGGGUGAGGUGAUGAGUCGUCUUUCAGCUUCAUACAUUUGUCAUGCUGAUUUCAAAGGAAAAGCUGAACACUGUUUCCAACCCUUUGGCUUAUUAAUAAGCUUGAUGCUCAUUUUCCCCUCAACUAGUUCCCACUGCUUUCAUUUGUGCAUUUAGUCUGUUAUCCAUUGAAUCUUUAGGCAAUCUGUGUUAUGAAAAAUGAUCAAGUAGGAUUCAGUUUGGAUCCUUCAUGAGGUCCAAUUUAAACCGAGAAUGGGGAAUCUGUGCCCCAUCAAAUGAUGUCAUGCUGGGAGGUCUGGUCCAGUAACAUCUGAAGGACCUUUUCCAUUUCCCAUUCCUGGAUUUUAAACAGUAGCUCCCUUUGUCAGCUUCAUAUACACUAUUGAUUUGUAUGGAAGUAGGAUCUCAUUAUAUCUUUAUGUGGUCCUCUCAAUGUUGUUGGAUAGCAACAUCUUGAGGGCUGCAGUUCCCCACCUCCAUUCUAGGAAGAUAGAUCUGGUGGAAGGGAGACAGAUUUUCACUGUUUUCUUGGAGCAGCUGGAACAGGAUUUAGGUCCUUUUAAUGUGUGCAGGGAUGUGGUGAUGGGAAGACAAACAAUCUAGAACACCUCAGGGUAUUUAUGUGUGCUAAUACAUAUUUUUCAGCUCUUUUAAUCAUCUUUUCAGUCGCACGGACAUAGUUUUUCAAACUUCAUUUUCUUUAUUAUAUGAUUAAUCAUUUCAUUACUAUUCAUAAGUCAUUCAAACAAUUGGUUUCUUCCAUAUUUAAUAUUUGAGUUGUGUUGGUCUUCAUCAUCUGUAUUAUUUAAUCCUAUGGUAAUACAAGCUUCUGUUCUUGAUAACAGUAAAAAAAAGCAUAAACUUUCAUCCUUACAGUCACACUUGUAUCAUGUUAAAAUAUGCAAGCAUUCUAAAACCAGCAUUAGAAAUCAAAUGCUGUUUUGUUUUUGAGAAUUUGAAGGAUCUUUUUGAUACCAUUUCCCUCCAAUUGAUGCAUGUUUUCCCUUUUGCCAAAUCUCGCACACUCUGCAGUCUAACUCCAACCCUUUACUUGGACUAAUCUAUAAAUUGGACACUCAUUGCCUGUUGAUUUUUGCUUCCUUUUUUCCUACAACAUUGUGUAAAUGGUUAACGAUAAAACAAUGUUGUAUGUUUGCUCAUCUAAACAAACUUUGGGAAAAGUUAGUUAUAUAGCUAAAUUGAAUGAAUUCUGACAUUGUCCUGUAUUGUCUAAGAUAAAAGGAUGAUAAAAAUAAAAGAUUCUAUUUAACCAGAUUUUUUAAAAAAAACAUGACCAUGAGGCACAGGAAAUAUGCCUGUAUUCCAAAUACAUGGGUGAAUACUUUGAAUACUUUGAAUCCAGGAAAUUACAAUAGUGUGUGUUAAAAUUACAGCAGAUCCAUGAUAGCAACUGUUGUUUCUUUUGUGAAAAUACAAAACGUUAUUUGUGCAUCUUAUGAAAAUGUAGGCUAAGCCUGGCAUCUGGAAUUACUGGUCUCACAUUCAGUGCACCUUAGAGAAUAUCGUCUGAUCUCUUGUUUAUUUGUGCCUGACAUUAUUAUUCACUUUGGCAAUAGGUUUCAUGGCUUGAUCUGCUUCUAUAGUGACAUAUCUAACCUGAAUGCUCUCAGUUGCAUUUUAAUUGCUAUCUCUUUCAGUGUCUAAAAAGAGCAACCGACAUUUGCCCCCUGUUUGGCUUCUGGAUCUGGCUGUGCAAAAUCUUAUCUCUCCAGAUUUGCUUUCCCUUUAAAAAAUCCAAAUUUUGCUCUGUUCUUUCUUUCCCAAUGGAGUCUUAACACACCACCCACAAACUGGCAUCAUGAAUAAAUAGCACUGGUGCUUUCUAGAGGAUCAUACUGUGUGUAGCCUGAAUGACACAUAUUCCAUAGGUCUGGGGAAACUCCAAGGUCUAUAGCAGUACAAAUAAAAAUAUUUGGAAAAAGUAUUAGAAGGGUUACAUCCCUUCCCUGAUAACCAGUGACAACACUGAUUGUGCUAAAUGGGCAUGGAAUAUGACCAUUGCAAUUUCUAUUAGUUGUAGAGGAAGCAGGAUUAUUGCCCGAUUUGAGGAAGCUCUGGGGAUGUGGCUCUUUGCUCCUCUUAUAUUAUCGUCUUCUUCUCCAUACCCAUCUCAUUUUUCCGUUGAGUUAAAUUGAGCACAGUCUAACCAGAGAUAUAGGAAGAUCCCAUUCAGACUGGGGUGGGAUGCCUAUUGCUUGGAUAAAAUUGCAGGAUGGCUUGAGAUGACUCCAGAUUUGAUUUGGCCCAACGUGAAAGGAAAGCCAGUUCUAUAGUUCUUAAAUCAGUCCAUUCAUUUUAAUGGACACCACAGUGCAAUAGAACACUUAUAACAGCCAGAUAUAUGAAUGCUUUGUUGUUAAAGAAAUGUAAUGCCAAUACAGAUGUGUUUAAUGUUAUUUUAACUAUUUUCUUUUUAUUGGCUGGAGUUAAGAAAAUAAUUGUUGAACAACUAUUGAGGGUUUUUUUUCCAAUUCAGAGGUUAUAUUGUCUCUAUAGAGGUAUCAUUCAGCAGGCUUUUAACUGGCUAGCAUGGAUUUCCCGAUUGUCUGUGCCUGCUCUUGAAGGUCCAACCUAUAUAUGGUUAUUCAGAAGUAAGUACAACUAUAGUCAGUGCUCCUUAUUCACAAGAAGGUGCCAAAGAGUGCAAUGUUAAUGUAUUUAUUUAUGUACUUGGACUUCAGGCGAAAGACAUCUAAUUUACCAACCUGUCUUGUUUUUCUUUUAUAAUGGAGUCUGUGAUCUCACUGUGAAGACGAGGUGUGCUGUGUUCAGAGUUUAAUCUUCCCAAUAACAUCAGAAGGAAAACAGUUCUGAGAUUUAAUCUCCGAUGGAUAGAUCUUCCUAGUCAAGAUGUGGUAUCUUCGUAAUUCAAGACUGAGACAAGGCUAGAAGAAUUACUGCUUCUCUUAGUUUUCCACUUUCUUCCUCUGCUUACUUUGGUUGUCUUAUGAUAGAGCUCCCAUGGGGCGCUGGGGAGGGAUAUCUUUUGCAAUCUGUAACAGUUUCUUCCGACGAAACAGAAUUUGCCCAGCUAUACCACACUUCCAAGAACUGCUGAAGAUUUCUGACUCUGGUGGGUGUCAUUUUAAGAAGCAAACUUCUGUUACAAGCACAACCUUUUACAUGUUUGUUCUGCACAUAUCCACACUAAGUAUGUAAUAACAUAUGCCUCUCCAGAACAACCACACAUGCUUGAAUAGUUAUAAAUUUUGUUGGUUGUCUGCAGUGAUUUUUUUUAAAGCUGAUUUGGAAAAUCACAAAGUGGUGGAGAUUGUGGUGACCCACAAAAAUAUGAUACUUGGAAAUCUUUUGCUUUUCAGCAGCAUGAGCUUGCUUUAUUGCCGUCAUAGCCACACACUUAUAGGGCCAAAAAUGUAGCUAGAAUGUGUCCAGAUGACUUAGUAUCCAUAUCAGUUACAGAACUCAAAUAUUCCCUGGCAGCACCAUCAGCUGAUAACUAAUGAGCCUCGAUGUUGGACAGCAUCCCAUUAAUCAAUCGAGGUGAAAAAUGCUUAUUUGAAAAACAAGACUUAGAUGCACAAAGGAGUCUCCAGAGGCAAGCACAUUCAUAAGGACCGGAUGAUACAACAGUAGGAGAUUAUUUUUGGUUUUGGUUUUUCCUCUCACUGUGUAACAGUGCUUCAGUAAAGCAGUGGGAAAAUGCAUAAUGAGUGUGGAUGACUGAUACAAAAUAGCUUUUCCACUUCUCCUAUUUUGUGUUCUAUGAGCUGAAUUCCAUGUUUUUUAUUAUCAGAGAUAGAUACAAAUUCAUAUCAAGGUUAUUCAGAAAUCACAACAAAAUCUGGGUUUUUUUUGUAACCAAACAUUUAAACAAGUUGAAAAACCUAGAAUAGAUUUCUUGUAAAAUGUUACCUUUUCAUCUGAGUGUAGCUUCAUAAAAAACAAAUUUGGAGGUUUUUUCCAGUUUGAUUAAAUUAAAAAGUAGGGAUUAGAAAGGCAAUGAAACACAGCAAUUUGAAUUUGUUAGCUUGGAAGCAUUCAUUGGGAGUGUCAUGGCUGAUGUUUAUUCUGGGAAUUUGCAAAGGAUAAAAUAUCUGUAAACACACUGGAGAAACAAAAUCAACCUGUGCUUUGCUGCAAGAUCUUAAAGCAUCAAGCUGGCUAUUUUUAGCACAUUUGCUCAUUCUUGUGAAUGAAAAUCCUGUCUCCUGUUUGGUCAGGAGUUUGUGGUUAUUAAAGUUUGCUUAAGGGAGAAUAGUUUUGCAGAUUUAUGUUACUUGUAAACAGGAACAGUACCCAGUAGGGACCAUUUUGGAUAAUCCAGUAUUGCAUCCACAAUUGUUGAAUGUUUUAUUAUUAAUAUUUCUAACAACAUAAAAUUAUAAUACAGUUAAAAUACACCAUCAGUGGCAUAAAACAGAUAUUAAUAACCCAAGCAAAAUAAUUUGAACUGAAUUGCUUUCAGUGAAAGUACUAGCCUCUGUAAAUAACCAGAUUGUAGCAUGGCACCAAGAAGCAUUGGUGUCAGGUGCCACAGCAAAAAGCUCCUCUUCCAUAACUGCAAAAUUUAUUCCCAAUUUAGAAUACAGAAGAGAGACCCCUUAACAAUUCCUAAUAUUCUGUAGGUGCUAUAAUUUGCCUUUAUUAGGAUCUUGUCCAGUAAAGGAUCAUUUUCAUCUUGAAAAAAAAAAUCAGUUUUGGAGUUUAGAAUCAUUGAGCAAUGAUGUCAUAAUCUGAAAUGUGUCUAUGCACGUGUAAUUCAUUGUGUGUAAUCUGAUGUGAAUACCAGACAUACAGUAUCAGAAAGCUUGUACGUGCAUAGAUUGUGCCCGUGAAAGUAGGAUUCAGUGAGGAGGUUCAGUUGCCAUCUGUUGGACCUCUGUGGGGUACCCACUUCCACCUUAAGCCCCCCAUCAUCCCCAGGGGUUUUGGGAUGGCUUGAAGGGCUGUAAAGAAGAGGACAGCUGUGUUAGUGGAUUUCUGCUGGUUUGAUGUUGGAUGUAAACCUACAUAAUUAGAUACCAAACUACUUCACUUGCAGUCAGAAUAGAAUUUAGAGUUCCCAGUCCAUUUGGUGCAGAGUGUUUAAGCUAUAGCAAAUUUGCCAAGUUGUAGCACUUUUUUAACCUGUAGCUCUCCGUCAGCAGUCUUGAAAAUGACAUAUUUAGUUUCUUCCAGCAGAGAUUGGAAAAUUACAUUAAGCUUCCAUUCCCCCGUCAGCAGCUUUGAAGAGCAAGAAAGCAGUUCAGUUUCUUUUCAGAUCUGAAGGAGUACUGCUCAACAGAUUCCCUAUAUAUGUGUGUAAGAGGUCAGUCACUUGUCACUGACUGGCAGGUGUUUGGCACCAUAUGACAAAAGCUCUGCCUCAUCUAGACAAGCAUUCAGUCAUUCAUUUACUCUCUUGUCUUUUCUCCAAAAAUGGGACUCAAGGUAACUUAUUGUAAGAUUAAAAAACAGGUAAAGUGUAUUGCUUAGAAAUAACAUUACCCAUUAAUGGAUGGACAGUAGGGAGGGAGGUAGCAAAGGAUGCAUCGUCCAUUGCCUUAACAGGUGUCAACAAAGAAACCUUCUGGUUUAAACGUGGAACUAUGCUUUGCAUCUCCCUCUUAGAUUAUCCCUCAACAAGAACUGUAGAGAUGCUUUUUUAGGAGCUGUUUUAAGAGGCUUGUAGCCAGAAGAUAAAAAUGCCCUAAACACUGCUCAAUAUGAUAAACUUCAGUGACAAUGCGUUAUAACACAGGUCAUCUUUGAAUGAAAGGGGUCUCUGUUAUAUAUCAGGAACAGAAGGCAUUACCCAUCCCAAUGGGCAGACAAACAACUUAAACAAAUCCAGCUCUGAUGUAAUUUGGCUUUGAAGAGUUGCAGUCGAAAAGGAUGUACUAGUAAGAAAAAAGUACAGUAUGUAUGUUUGUAUAGGUGUACCUCAGUUAACAAAGCCUCUGAUGUGCCUGGUAUGUCACCUUUUUUCUUGUCCUCUGUCUCUUUAAAAGUUUAUUUAGCAGUACACAGGGAAGAUGGUGAAACAGAUUGUAAAUGCAACUACACUAAAAUUAAUGCAAUUUGAAACCACUUUAACUGCUAUGACUCAGUGCAGCUAAUGAAAAGGUCCCAUCUCUUUGUAUUCACCAAAUGAUCCCGAGGAAAUGGUAGGACAGAGAGAAGAGCUUGUCUUGAAGAUUCUAGAGUUCUAGUGGGAUCAUAAAGAAAAAUAUGAUCCUUCAAGUAACCUGGACAAAACAGUACGAGGCUUUAUAGGUCAUUACCAACACUUUGAAUUAUGCCCAGAAACUGAUCAGCAGCCAGUUGUUACAAGAAGAGAAUUAUAUGCUUCAUGUAGCCAGCCUCAGUUUGGACCAAUUAAAGUUUCUGAUCACUUUUCAAAGAUACCCCACAUAGUGUACAUACAAUAAUUCUAGUGGGAUGUUGCUGUGGACAUAUCUGACUUUCCGUGAGCAGGCACAGCUUUUGCACAAGCUUUAACUGCACUAGUGCACUCCUGGUUUAAUGUUUAAUGGGUUUAGUGUUUAAUACAGAAAUACUCUCACAGUGAACCUGCAUUUAAAUGUGAGUGUAACUCCAUCUAACACAAACUGAAUCCCUUAUUCCCAGAUCUAUCUUUCAUUGACCAGGAGCAUGUCUACCUGGUCUGGAUUAAGCUUCAAUUUAUUCACCCUCACUGAGUCCAUUAUAGCUGUUAGACAUUGGUUUAGCACAAAAGCAGAUUCCUUGGAAGUAGAUGGACAGAAGUAAUAGAGCUGAGCAUCAACAUAUUGUGACAUCUGACCCAAAAUUUUUUCCAGUCUGCAGACUUUUCCAGUGGUUUCAUGUAGAUGUCAAAUAGCAUAGGGGCCAAGACAGGAGGGAUUCCAAUGACCAAGGAGUUGAACAGAAAUCCUCCAGCACCACUCUCUAAGAGCAGCCAUCCAGGAAAAGGAACCAUCCUAAUGAGGUGGCCCAAAGGAUAUGGUAUCAAAUGCCAGCAGGAGUUAAAAAAAAACAACCAAAAAACAACAGGGACAUAUCCCCUAUCCAGUUGCUAGCAUAGGUCAUCCACCAAGGUGACCAAAGCAAUCUCUUUUCCAUAGUUAGGCCAGAAAUCUAGGCAGUUCAUCUCAUCCAGGAACCCCUGAAGUGAAGAAUCUACCAAGGCUUACCUGGCCUGGUUGUUUCAUUUCACAUGUUUAUAUUGUUAGUUUUGGGUAAAAAGUUGCUGUAAACAUACUGAAACCCUUUUUUAAUGGUUUAGACCUAUUUAUUUUAGUUCUGGCUAUGGUACCAAAUUUUCCAGUACAGAAGUAAUGCCCGCGAAUAUAUCUACUCUGUUAACUGAGGUAUACUUAUAGUCAGUUAAGAGGAGAGGACUCUUGAGUUUGGGACUGAAGUCGGGAAUUCCUAUAGCUAGAUACAGACAUCUACGUUGUUCAAAAGAAUCCUUUUGGUGAAUUGUAAAAGCAUUUUAUUUAUUCACUAAUUCAUUUAAAUGCAAAACUAGUUUCUCUACACAUAAUAACAUUACUAUGGAAAGAACUCGCUGCCCUUUCCUGGUUAUAGGUGAGCAGAGAAACAUAAUCGGAAACUUGUCUUCCCCAUCUUCCUGUGACUACUAAUUGGUCACUCUUCUACCAGCCUAUAAACAGACUAUUAGGUCGGUAUACAUAUCGCAACAGCAAAAAAUGUCUUCCUUCUAUAUCCUCUGCAUGUUAAAGAAGUGCCAUGACUGGAACAAAGAGAUCAAUUCAUUAAAACAGUGUAGAGGAACAGAGAUACAUGAAAGUUCUGUGGAAAACUUCCUUAAAAAGCCUCCUCUUCUGCAAACUAAUAGCCAGCAUUAGAUUAAGCCUGACUUAAUAUAUCAGGAUUUGUGCUCAUUAUUACAGUAGAGUCUCACUUAUCCAACAUAAAUGGGCCGGCAGAACGUUGGAUAAGCAAAUAUGUUGGAUAAUAAGGAGGGAUCAAGGAAAAGUCUAUUAAACAUCAAAUUAGGUUAUGAUUUUACAAAUUAAGCACCAAAACAUCAUGUUAUACAACAAAUUUGACAGAAAAAGUAGUUCAAUACACAGUAAUGCUAUGUAGUUAUUACUGUAUUUACGAAUUUAGCACCAAAAUAUCACGAUGUAUUGAAAACAUUGACUACAAAAAUGCGUUGGAUAAUCCAGAACGUUGGAUAAGCGAAUGUUGGAUAAGUGAGACUCUACUGUACUUAGGUUCUGUAUCUAGCACUGGUAUCUCAGAAGGAUCUCAAAGAUUGUCUAUGCUAACCUACUACUUACUGAUAAAGAAAAUAUAUUACUGUGGCAUCUCUGAUAGCUCUAAAAAAUUCUUCCAUCUAAUGAAAAUAUCCACCCCUUUCCAGGGCAGUUACGUUCCACUAUAAAAGAGUCUUUACCAUGAGAAAGUUCUCCCUAAUUUUUUGAUAGAGUCUUUCUUGUCAUCUGCAUGCCCUCCAGGGCAAUCCCUAUGGUAUACUUCUAGUUUGGUGUGAAAACAGAACAAUGAACCUAGGAAGCAAUUUUCUAGGAUACAUGCCAUAAAAUAAUCCAUGCUGCACCACCAAUUUUACAUCUCCCAAAUAAGGCUGAAAUUGCUUAUAUGAAAAACUAAGAGGCAAUCGGUUUUGUCACAUGCAGUCUACUCAGGAAAGCAAGAGUUUGCAAUUUUUUACAUGAAAUUGGCUUUUCAAACUACCCGAAUUAAAUAAGGAUUUGGACUUUGUAUCCUAACUUUGUUCUUCAGAGCUCAAAUGUCUAUAAACCACUCUGUUGAGCCAUUCUGCCAGGCAAAGCACAGUAAACAGAUAGCUUAUCCUGUCUUUUUGCAAUCACAGUAGUAAGAAUUCUUGCAACAAACCAAGCAGAAAUAUAUGUUACAGUUAGCAGUUGACCAUUGUUUCUUCUUUGACUUGUAACGGGCAUUUGGCUAGUCAACCUGUAUUUUCAGGUUGUUCUAUGAUUCACAAUGUUUCCUGUUCGUAAUUUACCAAGUAUGAACAAAUACUGCAUUUAGUUGACACUUGUUGCAUAUUUCAAAGACCAUCAUUGUUUCACAUUGAUUUCUCUGCGCUCUCCACUCUUCAGGAAAGUUCCUUUGUGAGCAGAUUCAUUCUCAGAUUAAACACAGCCUUAAAUAAGGCUUAUCCAUACUGGACAGAGCUGUGCUUAUCCUGUUUGAGUGGUAUGUGGUUUUUUCCUGAGAUACUAAAAACAAAUCUCACAAUUCAGGUGUGCAAUAUAAGUAUAUUUUGUAAUUUCAAUAAGCCAAGGCUGCCUCAGCAUUAAAAAAUAACUGGUUGAUUGCCAAUUUCUGAUGUUAGAGAUGCAUCUCGGGGAUAUUUUAUAACGGCUGCUAUUGGCAUAUGCUGGUGCAAUCCGUGUAGAUCAAGCCACUAGAGUGUUCACACAAGAGUUAGAAAGGGAGGAAUUACACUGGUUUGUAAGAACUAUGCUGCUGCUGCUGCCAGAAAUAACCUCAUACAGCUAUCCUUUCUGAUCUACUAUGGCCACAACAUCAAGCAGCUAAAAGUCCCAUUGGCCAAGGGGCAUGCAGGCAGCAGAGCCAUGGAUGAACAUUGUGGCCAUCACACAGAAUGAAGCAAUGGUGGAGAUAAUAUCCAACUCUGACAAACCAUUUCAGUGAGCACUGAGAACAGUUUUUACUUUUCAGUAUGUCAAUAUGAUCUAGCUCUGUUUGUCUGUCUCUCUCUAUAUGUACAAACAGUAUAUCACAAUGUUGCCUUUUUGUUGGAAUUAUCAAAGUAAAAAGAUUGUAAACCAAAUUGAUGUAAUAAAAAUUCAAGAUGA